GUUUAUGGUCUCAUGAGAAAUUUAAAUGGCGGUGUUGAAUGUAGUUGGUUAUAAAUGAAUUAUUCUAGAGAACAAUUGUGAUUAGAAACCUAGAAACACUACAGUGUAGUUUAGUUUUAUGUAGUAAUUUAGUUAAUAAAACUUAAUGCGUAAGAACGCUUGUUAUCUACUGACUGUGAUUGUAAACUGUUCAUUAGCUUCCAGUUUCCAAAGCAUCGAGAAAAGCGAAUACUUUGCAUUGACGAUAAUAUACACGUGAACACAAUUUUGUCAUGUUACAUAAAAUACAACUUUAUUCUCUGAAAUGUCUGUGCAUUAUAAAUUUAAAAGCGCAUUGGAUUACGAUACUGUUACGUUCGAUGGACUCCAUAUUUCUGUAGGUGACUUAAAAGCUGCUAUUUCGCAGCAGAAGCGAAUUGGGAAGACUUCUGAUUUUGAUCUUCAAAUAACGAAUGCGCAAACAAAAGAAGUUUAUGUAGAUGACAAUACAUUGAUUCCAAAAAACACUUCAUUACUAGUUGCUCGAGUGCCACUUUCACAGCAACCAAAGAAACAUUGGGAAGGUUCAAGUAAUAGCCAGUCACACCAUAAAGAUGUUGCAGUUAAUAAAGGAUUGGCCGAUCUUUCUCGCAUGGAAGGUAGCGAGCAGGAUAAAAUUAAUGCUAUGAUAUCACAGUCUACGUUUGAUUAUGAUCCUAGCAAUUAUCAAAAAAUUAGAGGACAGAAUCAAAGAGGAAUUGUCCCUUCUAAUUACAUUUGUUAUAAGUGUCAAAAACGUGGUCAUUGGAUAAAGGAUUGUCCUAUUGCUAAUUCGGGUGAUCCUGUAGAGAUAAGAAGAAGUACUGGUAUACCUCGUAGUUUUAUGGUACCAGUUGAUGGACCAAAAGCCCCAGGAGCCAUGAUGACCCCAAGUGGUACCUUUGCUGUUCCAGCUGUUGACCAUGAAGCCUACCUGGCUUCAGAAAGCGCCGUCGGAGCGGACACGCCCGCAAACGCGCCAGCCGCUCCGGAGCCUACAAUACCUGAUGAAUUGAUAUGUAGUCUGUGUAGAGAUUUGCUUACUGAUGCUGUCAUGAUCCCUUGCUGUGGCAACUCUUUUUGUGAUGAAUGUAUAAGAGGAGCCUUAUUGGAGUCCGAGGACCAUGAAUGUCCUGAUUGUCGUGAGAAAGAAAUAGCACCGACUACUCUUAUUCCUAAUAGGUUCCUACGAAAUUCCGUUUCUGCAUUCCGGAAUCAGACGGGAUAUAGUCGACGGAUGCCACAUAGGCCUUCAGCGGGACCUCCUGUUAUGGAACAAGCACCUGCAGGGCACGCCCCACCUUUGAACGGCCCAGCCCAGCCCGGCCCCUCUAACAAUGAUGCGGGACGGGAGGGGCGCGGCGGCAGGGGGGACGAGUCGGACGGCUCGGCCGACGACAACAUCACGGUCACAGUGCCCCCGGCGCACGCGCACCAAGGGCCCCACGGACCCCACGGACCCCACGGGCCCCACGGGCACUACGGGCCCGCGGGCCCCCCGCCGCACCACCGCGACAGGCGCCCGCCGCGCUACGGUCCUCCGCCAGGGUUAAAACCGCCUGGAUUGGACACUCCUCCCAUUAAUAUACCAAGAAUAGAUGAGCAGCGAGCGAGUACUCCGACCAUCGACGAGCGCCGGGAUCCCAUGUCGUCCCAGGUGAUGUUCAAUCGGGGUCCACCUCCGUAUAUGCCGCGAGGACCACCGCCUGGUUAUAGCAAUCCACCUUACCGUUCGGGCGCCCCCUACCGCGACCGCUACGUGCGGGAGCCCUACCAGCCGCCGCCGCCGGGCAUCAAGGACUCCCCUAAUGGGCAAGAGGACCCGUUAGAGGCUUUUAAUAGAAUGAUUCGCGAGAAAGAGAUGCGGGCAAAGAGGCGUGAGGAGGACCGCAGACGAGCGAACUCGGGCUCGCGCAGUCCGAGUCGCUCGCGCACGCCCCGCUCGCCGCGCUCGCCGCGUUCGCCCCGCUCGCAGCGGUCGCCGCGCCUGCCGCGCUCACCGCGCUCGCAGCGGUCGCCGCGCUCGCAGAGGUCGCCGCGCCCGCAGCGAUCGCCCCGCUCGCCGCUGCGCUCGCAGCCCCGCUCACCGCUCCGCUCGCAGCCCCGCUCUCCGCCUCGCUCCCCGCCGCGCUCGCCGCCUCGUUCGCCGCCGCGGUCGCUGCCCCGCUCGCCGCCGAGGUCGCUGCCCCGCUCGCCGCGCGGCGCGCGUCCUCGCAGUCGCGGCACGAGCAGAAUACGAUAUUCCCGCUCACGGUCUAUGUCCCGCGGCCGGCCGCGCCGCUCGCCGUGGUCGCCCCGCCGACGCCGGACGCGCGAGCGCACUUUGUCCUUGACACGUUCUCCAAGCCCCCGGCGGCGGCACCGCUCCCCGCUCCGCUACCGCUCGCCGCUGCGCUCGCCGUUGCGCUCGCCCUUGCGCUCGCCGUUGCGUUCGCCGCUGCGCCCGCCGCCGCACUCGCCGGCGCGCUCUCCGCGUCGCUCCGCCGGUCGCUCGCCGCCGCGCCCCGCGUCUUCGCCGCACAGAUUCGCCGGACUAUACGAUGAACUAUUGUCGCCACCGCGUCGUAGUGUUGAGCCACCGUUUGGAGCCAGGUAUGCUUCUAGAAACAAUGGUCCACCCGGCUAUCCUCCUGUUGUUGGAAAACCUAUACCUCCUCAUAUGGGUACUAUUAUACAAAAUGAACCACCACCAAACUACAGAGGACGUUAUGACAAUCCCCCCUUUGAUGACAUUCCCCCUGGUGUGGAUCCACCGGUUCCUGGAUUUGAACCAUCUCCAUUUGAAAAACCUCCAUUCGGCCCACCGGGAACAUUAGACCGGGAUAGAUUACCUCCGGCUAAUUAUAGAGAACACUACCGAGCUCCAUUUGUUGAAGGACCUCCGCAGGGUUACAGAGAUGCCCCAGGGUUGCCGCCAGUGCAAAAUGAAAUACCUGUUCAUGUAGGAGAUCCUCAACGAUUUAGAGAUAAUUAUAGACCUCCACCUGGUCAUUUUCGAGAUCAAGGACCUGUUCCUCCUUAUCGAGAUGGACAACCGUAUAGGGAUCCUGGAUUACAAGUUCCAUAUCGCGACAAUUUUCGAAGUGGACCACAGCCUCUGUUUCGUGAUAAUAAUUUCAGAAACAAUCCGUAUAGAGAAGGUAACUUUCGUGAGAACUUACCACAUAACUUCCGCGACGGUCCUCCAUUUAGACCACCUAGUGUUGAUGCCAGAGACCCUGCUUCUGCGGUUCCGUUUCACGAUCAAAACUAUAGGGAUGGGUUUAGGGAUGAAAAUAACAUAAACAGAGACAUGCGUUCUGGUUAUCGUCCUAAUGCGCGGAAUAGAUCUGGCCCCAGACGUAACCCUGAACAUGAUAGACAUAGAGACAGAGAUGGCAGGGAAAGAGAACGUUUUAAUGAAAAUCGGGAACCACCGGAACGACCAGAAAGAUCUCGUGAGGCAGACAAACGAUCAGGGUACGACAAAAAUCGCGAACCACGUGACGAACGUGUGCGUGAAUAUGAUAAAACUCGGGACUAUGAAAGGGAACGUGGACAUGAUAAGUCGUCACCAGAAAAGAAAGCGCGUGUUUCUCCAAAACGUGGCCGAGAGCCUCGCGAACGUAGACGCAGUGAAUCAAGAGGUAAGUCUCGUGACCAUGACAGUAGAAGAGAGAAAAAGGAAGACAGAGUACGAGAUAAAUCUUCUGCAGAUAGAACUAAAGAGCAUAAAGAAAAGGAAAAGAAAAUUAAAGACAGAAAAAAGAAAAAGAGAGAAAAAGAAAAAGAAUUAGAAAAGAAAAAGAAACGAGAAAAAAAAGAGAAGAAAGAAAAAGAUGUCUCCAAAAAGGAAGAUGAUAAUCAAGAAAAAUCAGGGUCUGCGCAAGAAAUGCAAGACGGAAAUAAUGAGGAUUCUAAACAACAGGUAAUUGUCAAAACAGAGCCGCCUGAAACCGACAAACUUAUUAAAGAAAACGAUGAAGCUAUAGCACCAGAAAUUUCCGGUGAAGUCAAGGAUGAUUUGUACGGUGAUGAGGCUGCUGAGGCGGUUGACAAAGAAAUUAUACAAAAUUACAUCAAAACCGAAGAAAAAGAUGUAGAUAAUAACAAAAGUGACACUAAAACUGUUGAUAAUGUUAAAGAGGAACCGUUUGACGGUAUAGAACUUCAAGCUCCAGUAGACGAGUUAGAAGCAGACAUAGAAGUGGCCAAUAAUAGUAAUAAUAAAGAAAUGCUAGCACCGGUACCCGUUUUAUCAAAAUGGGAAGUUGAUGACGAUAAUAUUGAAAAAUCCAAAGAACCUGGUGAAAUCACAUCUCCUGAAGAAGAAGAAGAUGGAGGAAAAGUUACAUCUGAAGUUUUAAAACGUGCUGAAAAUGCAAUUUUUGCAAAAGCUAUUAGUUCUUUACGACCAAUUGAAAUAAAGAAGAUAAGUAGUGAUCGGCUGAAGUUGUACGGCGAUGAGGCUCAAUCAAAGAACCCAUUAAACAAUAUCCAGAUAACUGUUCCUGUUACAGAUCAAGAACAAAGGUCUAAUGAAGCAAAUGAUCGAAAGAAGCGGUAUUCUAAAACCCCUCCUCCACGACUAUCUGUUAAGGAAAGAUUGGGAGGUAAAGUAGAUGAUGUUCGACGGACACGUGAACCCCGUGUUGUACACAGUACCGUGGAACGUGUAAAAUCGAGAUCUAAAACUCCGAAGCGUGAACAGAUGCAAUAUCGUCGAGUGACAGUGGAAAGAGAGCGUGGCCGGAAACCGGAAGGCAGACUUGAACUAUCAAAAUCGGAAAAAAGAGCAACUUCUGAGAACGUAAAAUCUGAACAAGGUUACCAAGGUAAUCUCGGUGACUAUAAAAAACGAGAUUUUGGAAGAUCUAAGGAUGACAAAAAGUUGACAACUGAAGAAAGAAUGGGAUUGAGUUCUCGUAACCCAGAUAAAAAUGCAACAUCUAAUACAAAAGAUAUACAAGAACGCGAGAGAAAGAAGUCUACUCUAGACGAAGCGCACUUCGAACCUGAUUAUGACGAAACAGUCGAAUCCGAUAACGAAACUAAGGAAGAUAUCAAUAAAAAACGUGAACGGUCUCAAGAUCCUUCACCAAUUGGACCAAGUGAACCAAAGAAAGCUAAGUAUGACAAUGAAACAAUUAAAUUAGAUCUGACAAAUGUUAAAAAGAAGCCAGACUCCGAGAGCGAAUCCUCGACUGAUUCUGAGUAUUCGUCUUCAUCAUCUUCAUCGGAUGCCCGUAAACGCAAGAAGAAGAAGAAACGGAACAAGAAAAAGAAGAAACGCGCUGCUAGUGACAGUGACAGUGAUUCCGGAUCCAGUUCCGAUGAUCACAAGAAGAAGAAAAAGAAACGUAAGCAUAAGAAAAAGUCAAGCAAAAAGAAAAAGAAGUCUAAACAUAAGUAGUUUGUUCAGAAUGUACAAUUUUAUUAAUCUUUAUGGAUAAGUUAUGUUUUAAAGGUCACUGUGUAGUUUUUACAUAUUAGAUUCAAGCUACUAAAUGGAAUAUAAACAGCCUAAGUUUUUAGGUAAACGUAAUAAAAUGUUCUUCGAUUUAAUUUUUAUUAUAGUCACUUAUUUACUUAUUAAUAAAUUAUAGACCUAAAA